ACGGCGUUGUGACCCCGGAAGCGAUCCCGGGGUCAGGGCAUCAAGAUGGCGUUGCGCGCGGCGUGUGCGGCCGUGUGCCGGCGCUGGCGGCAGGAAUUGGGGAAUUUGUCUGUAAAUGGUUCUAAGAGCAGCACAGCCCAAACUGGUGGCCUCCUGCUCACCAGUGUGAGGUGGGCUCCAUUGUCACGCUUGCACAUCGAUGUUCCAAAGGAUUUGACCAAGCCCACGAUAACCACGUCUGAUGAGCCAGACACAUUGUAUAAACGCCUGUCCAUCUUAGUGAAAGCCCAUGACAAGGCUGUAUUAGACAGUUACGAAUAUUUUGCCGUGCUCGCUGCUAAAGAACUUGGCAUUUCUAUUAAUGUACAUGAGCCGCCAAGGAAGAUUGAGCGGUUCACUCUUCUCAAGUCAGUGCACAUUUUCAAGAAGCACAGGGUUCAGUAUGAGAUGAGGACACUCUACAGAUGUUUUGAGUUAAAACACUUGACCGGAUGCACAGCCAAUGUCUACUUGGAAUAUAUCCAGCGAAACUUACCCGAAGGGGUUGCCAUGGAAGUAACAAAGACACAGAUACAGCAGUUGCCAGAACACAUCAAGAAGCCGAUGUGGGAAGCACUCACUGAGGAAAAAGAAGAAAGCAAGUCAUAGCCUGGGGAUGCCACCUGUGCUGGGAUCUGAACUGAGCAGCCUGGUGUGAGAGCGCCCCAGCUGAGGCUGCCCGACCUGCUCUGUAGAGUCAUCACACCCUGAGCAGUGCAUGGAGCCUGCGUGGGAGACUUGGUCUCUGGAGAACCACCGCAUUUGUUCUUUUCUACCUGACAUUUCUUGGGUUCUGGUUUGAACAAACAUUAGCAGACUUCUGUAUAACCUGAAAUAAAUGAUCCAGAUUUAAAUACUUGAGUAGCUUCGGCUGACCUAUCAGCUUACGCUAAUUUUAUUGUUUUAUUUAUUCAUUCAUUUUUAUUUCUUGAGCUCACAAAGAUCCUCCUGCCUCUGCCUCUCAAAUGCAGGGAUUAAAGGCUUGUACCACCACAUGUGGCUAGUUUGUCCUAAUUUUCAAUGUUUAUUUGUUCAUUCACUAGAAAAUGAGUGAUACAGUUUUCACACACAUUUUUGUUUUGAAGUUCCCAAGACAACUUGUGGUUAAUUGACUGCUGAGUGGUUGGAAGUCUGGCCUUUUCCUCUGCAGCCCAGCGUGUGCUGCCUGGAGGUGGCGGUCAGCAAGUGACCUGAUGGCAGUGCUCUGUUUCAGAGACUGAAUAUAUGUGUGACAUGUAUAUACCAAUAUACUAAUGACUAAAUAAAACCAGUGGUUUGUAAGUAC